AUAAUUCUACAACAUUGUACAACACAGCUAUGUCCAACAAUAAUUUUACAACAGCGUACAAUGCAACUACAGCCAGAAACAAUUAUACAACAGUCAACAGCGCAACCAUAACAGGUGAGAGUCACACAACAUACAAUACAACUACAACUGGCGACAGUUAUUCAACAGCAUACAAUCAAACUACAACAAGCAAAAAUGACAGUACAGCGUAUAAUACAACUAUAGCUGGUAGAAAUUACACAACACUGUACAGUGAAACCACAGCUGGUAACAGUUACAGAGAAACUGGCAAUAUUUCCAAUACAACUACAGCCAGCAACAAUUACACAACAGUGCACAGUGCAAAUACAACUGCCAAAGAUUUAUCAACAGGAUAUAAUGCAACUUCAGCAAAAAACAAUUACCCAACAGUGAGCCCAUUUCUAACAACUCUGGACAAUACAACAGUGUACAGUUCAAUUACAUCUGGCACCAAUGACAGACAACCUGGCAACAGUUACAACACAGCCACAGCCAACAAUAAUUCUACAACAGUUUACAGUGCAACUACAGAGAGAAAAACAUAUACAACAGUCAAUACCACAACCACAGCUGGUAACAAUUACAAAAUACCACAAAAAACAACUAUGGGUAGCAAUAAUUAUACAACAGCACACAAUGCAACUACAGCCAGCAACAUUUACGCAACAACCUACAAUUCAGCUAUGUCAGACAACAAUUACAACACAACUACAAACAUCAAUAAUUCUACAACAUUGUACAACACAGCUAUGUCCAACAAUAAUUUUACAACAGCGUACAAUGCAACUACAGCCAGAAACAAUUAUACAACAGUCAACAGCGCAACCAUAACAGGUGAGAGUCACACAACAUACAAUACAACUACAACUGGCGACAGUUAUUCAACAGCAUACAAUCAAACUACAACAAGCAAAAAUGACAGUACAGCGUAUAAUACAACUAUAGCUGGUAGAAAUUACACAACACUGUACAGUGAAACCACAGCUGGUAACAGUUACAGAGAAACUGGCAAUAUUUCCAAUACAACUACAGCCAGCAACAAUUACACAACAGUGCACAGUGCAAAUACAACUGCCAAAGAUUUAUCAACAGGAUAUAAUGCAACUUCAGCAAAAAACAAUUACCCAACAGUGAGCCCAUUUCUAACAACUCUGGACAAUACAACAGUGUACAGUUCAAUUACAUCUGGCACCAAUGACAGACAACCUGGCAACAGUUACAACACAGCCACAGCCAACAAUAAUUCUACAACAGUUUACAGUGCAACUACAGAGAGAAAAACAUAUACAACAGUCAAUACCACAACCACAGCUGGUAACAAUUACAAAAUACCACAAAAAACAACUAUGGGUAGCAAUAAUUAUACAACAGCACACAAUGCAACUACAGCCAGCAACAUUUACGCAACAGCCUACAAUUCAGCUAUAUCGGACAACAAUUACAACACAACUACAGCCAUCAAUAAUUCUACAACAGUAAGCCCAUUUCUAACAACUCUGAACAGUACAACAGUGUACAAUUCAGUUACUUCUGGCAAUAAUGAGAGACAGACUGGCAACAGUUACAAUACAACUACAGCUAUCAACAAUUCUACAAAACUGUACAAUACAGCUAUGUCCAGCAAUAAUUUUACAACAUCGUACAAUGCAACUACAGCCAGAAACAAUUAUACAACAGUCAACAGUGCAACAACAAGUGGUGACAAUUACACAACAUACAAUACAACUAUAGCUGCCGACAGUUAUCCAACAGCAUACACUCAAACUACAACAAGCAAAAAUGACAGUACAGUGUAUAAUGUAACUAUAGCUGGUAGCAAUUACACAACAGUGUACAGUGAAACCACAGCUGAUAACAGUUAUAGAGAAACUGGUAAUAUUUCCAUUACAACUAAAGCCAGCGACAAUUAUACAACAGUGCUCAGUGCAAAUACAAGUGUCAAAAAUGUAACAACAGGUUACAGUACAACUACAACAAACAACAAUUACACAACAGUGAGCCCAUUUCUAACAACUCUGAACAGUACAACAGUGUACAAUUCAGUUACUUCUGGCAAUAAUGAGAAACAAACUGGCAACAGUUACAACACAACUACAGCUAUCAACAAUUCAACAAAGUUGUACAAUACAGCUAUGUCCGGGAAUAAUUUUACAACAGCGUACAAUGCAACUACAGCCAGAAACAAUUAUACAACACUCAACAGCGCAACAACAACUGGUGACAAUUACACAACAUACAAUACAACUUUAGCUGCCGACAGUUAUCCAACAGCAUACACUCAAACUACAACAAGCAAAAAUGACAGUGCAGUGUAUAAUGCAACUAUAGCUGGUAGCAAUUACACAACAGUGUACAGUGAAACCACAGCUGGUAACAGUUACAGAGAAACUGGUAAUAUUUCCAUUACAACUACAGCCAGCGACAAUUAUACAACAGUGCUCAGUGCAAAUACAAGUGCCAAAAAUUCAGCAACAGCAUACAAUACAACUACAGCAAACAACAAUUACACAACAGUGAGCCCAUUUUCAACAACUCUGAACAGUACAACAGUGUACAAUUCAAUUACCUCUGGCAACAAUGACAGAGAAACUGACAACAUUUACAACACAACUACAACCAACAUUACUUCUACAACAGUGUACAAUACAGCUGUGUCCAACAACAAUUAUACAACAGCGUACAAUGCAACUAUGUCAGACAACAUUUACAACACAACUACAGCCAUCAAUAAUUCUACAACAUUGUACAAUACAACUAUGUCCAGCAAUAACCUUAAAACAGCAUACAAUGCAACUACAGUCAGAAACAAUUAUACAACAGUCAACAGUGCAACAACAACUGGUGACAAUUACACAACAUACAAUACAACUUUACCUGCCGACAGUUAUCCAACAGCAUACACUCAAACUACAACAAGCAAAAAUGACAGUACAGUGUAUAAUGCAACUAUAGCUGGUAGCAAUUACACAACAGUGUACAGUGAAACCACAGCUGAUAACAGUUAUAGAGAAACUGGUAAUAUUUCCAUUACAACUAAAGCCAGCGACAAUUAUACAACAGUGCUCAGUGCAAAUACAAGUGUCAAAAAUGUAACAACAGGUUACAGUACAACUACAACAAACAACAAUUACACAACAGUGAGCCCAUUUCUAACAACUCUGAACAGUACAACAGUGUACAAUUCAGUUACUUCUGGCAAUAAUGAGAGACAAACUGGCAACAGUUACAACACAACUACAGCUAUCAACAAUUCAACAAAGUUGUACAAUACAGCUAUGUCCGGCAAUAAUUUUACAACAGCGUACAAUGCAACUACAGCCAGAAACAAUUAUACAACAGUCAACAGCGCAACAACAACUGGUGACAAUUACACAACAUACAAUACAACUUUAGCUGCCGACAGUUAUCCAACAGCAUACACUCAAACUACAACAAGCAAAAACAGUGAAACCACAGCUGGUAACAGUUAUAGAGAAACUGGUAAUAUUUCCAUUACAACUAAAGCCAGCGACAAUUAUACAACAGUGCUCAGUGCAAAUACAAGUGUCAAAAAUGUAACAACAGGUUACAGUACAACUACAGCAAACAACAAUUACACAACAGUGAGCCCAUUUCUAACAACUCUGAACAGUACAACAGUGUACAGUUCAAUUACAUCUGGCACCAAUGACAGACAACCUGGCAACAGUUACAACACAGCCACAGCCAACAAUAAUUCUACAACAGUUCACAGUGCAACUACAGAGAGAAAAACAUAUACAACAGUCGACAGCACAACCACAGCUGGUAACAAUUACAAAAUACCACAAAAUACAACUACGGGUAGCAAUAAAUAUACAACAGCGCACAAUGCAAAUACAGCCAGCAACAUUUACGCAACAACCUACAAUUCAGCUAUGUCGGACAACAAUUACAACACAACUACAGCCAUCAAUAAUUCUACAACAGUGAGCCCAUUUCUAACAACUCUAAACAGUACAACAGUGUACAAUUCAGUUACUUCUGGCAAUAAUGAGAGACAGACUGGCAUCAGUUACAACGCAACUACAGCGAUCAACAAUUCUACAAAACUGUCUAACUUUCUAACAACUCUGAACAAUACAACAGUGUACAAUUCAGUUACUUCUGGCAAUAAUGACAGACAAACUAGCAACAGUUACAAUACAACUACAGCCAACAAUAAUUCUACAACACUGUACAAUACAGCUAUGUCCAGCAAUAAUUUUACAACAGCGUACAAUGCAACUACAGUCAGAAACAAUUAUACAACAGUCAACAGCGCAACAACAACUGGUGACAAUUACACAACAUACAAUACAACUAUAGCUGCCGACAGUUAUCCAACAGCAUACACUCAAACUACAACAAGCAAAAAUGACAGUACAGUGUAUAAUGUAACUAUAGCUGGUAGCAAUUACACAACAGUGUACAGUGAAACCACAGCUGGUAACAGUUAUAGAGAAACUGGUAAUAUUUCCAUUACAACUACAGCCAGUGACAAUUAUACAACAGUGCUCAGUGCAAAUACAAGUGCCAAAAAUUCAACAGCAGCAUACAAUACAACUACAGCAAACAACAAUUACACAACACUUAGCCCAUUUCUAACAACUCUGAACAAUACAACAGUGUACAAUUCAGUUACUUCUGGCAAUAAUGACAGACAAACUAGCAACAUUUACAACACAACUACAGCCAACAAUAAUUCUACAACACUGUACAAUACAGCUAUGUCCAGCAAUAAUUUUACAACAGCGUACAAUGCAACUACAGUCAGAAACAAUUAUACAACAGUCAACAGCGCAACAACAACUGGUGACAAUUACACAACAUACAAUACAACUUUAGCUGCCGACAGUUAUCCAACAGCAUACACUCAAACUACAACAAGCAAAAAUGACAGUACAGUGUAUAAUGCAACUAUAGCUGGUAGCAAUUACACAACAGUGUACAGUGAAACCACAGCUGGUAAUAGUUACAGAGAAAUUGGCUAUAGUUACAAUACAACUACAGCCAAUGACAAUUAUACAACAGUGCACAGUGCAAAUACAAGUGCCAAAAAUUCAACAACAACAUACAGUACAAGUACAGCAAACAACAAUUACACAACAGUGAGCCCAUUUUUAACAGCUCUGAACAGUACAACAGUGUACAGUUCAAUUACAUCUGGCACCAAUGACAGACAACCUGGCAACAAUUACAACGCAACCACACCCAACAAUAAUUCUACAACAGUUCACAGUGCAACUAUAGAGAGAAACAAUUAUACAACAGUUGAUGGCACAACCAUAGCUGGUAACAAUUACAUAAUACCACAAAAUACAACUACGGGUAGCAAUAAAUAUACAACAGCGCACAAUGCAACUAGAACUAACAAAAAUGACUCAGAAGUAUAUAAUGGAAUUAUAUCUGACAGCAAUUACAUAACAGCGUACAACGCAACUACAGCCAGCAACAUUAACACAACAGCCUACAAUUCAGCUAUGUCACACAACAAUUACAACACAAUUAUAGCCAACAAUAAUUCUACAGCAUUUUACAGUACCACUAUGUCCAACAAUAAUUAUACAACAGUAUACAAUACAACUACAGGCGGGCACAGUUACACAAAGGAUUACAAUGCAACCACAGUGAACAACAGUGACACAGUAGUUCAUAAUGCCACUACAUCUGGGACCAAUUUAAAUGAAAAUACAACUAACCAAAAUUACACAACCCUUAAUUAUGCAACUACACCUGGCAGUAAUUCCACAUUAGUGUCCAACAACGUUAGUACAGCUACAACUAUGAAUAGUCCCACAGCAACUACACCUGGUAAUAAUUAUACAACAAUGUAUAAUGCAUCCACAGCUGUCAUUAAUUAUACAGUAGUGUAUAAUGCGAUUACAUCUGGCAACAAUUUUAAUAUAACUGCAACUAACAACAACUACACAAUAGUUUAUAAUGCAACUGGAUCUGGUAGUAAUUACACUCUUGUGUAUGCUGCAACCACAGCUGACAACAAUUACACAGCAAUGUACAAUGUAACAACAGCUGGCACAACUUUACACAAUGGUGUGGCAACAACCAGUAACAGAACAGUUAGUACAACAACAAUAUCUCCCAACUACACAAUGAUAACGAGCACAACUACAGCCUCUAACAAUUACACAACACCAGUGAUCAUUACUCCGACUACUCUAUCUCAAAAUAAAACAACUGCAAUUAUUGGAACCACAGAGAAAAGCACAACUGCUGCAGUGUCUCACAGUACUAAACCUACUUCAGCUCCACUGAAGAACCAGACUGCAAAAUUCACCACAGUGAGUUUGACUCAUGUCACAACAAUAAACAAAAAUGAAACCAUGUCCACCACAACUGCCAGCACUGUCCAAACAAAUGACACACCAGAGGCCGGUUUAACGACAACAACAACAACAACAACGACAACAACAACAGAAAAUGCCUCUCUUGUUAUUACCUCACCCCCAACCACUGCAACUACUAUAACAGGUCAUGGUUCACAAGAUUUAAAUGGCAACUCUGCUGAGGUUUCUUUGACACCGCUCACCAAAACUACUACAACCACCACAGUGGCUGAGAACACAGGAACUUCCACAACUGAUGUACAAACAACUGAUGAAGCAAUCUACCUGUUGAAUCAAACACAGGCUGUAUCUCUGCUCAACGCCUCUCAAGUGUCGCAGUUGGUUGAGACACUGGAGAAACAUCUGGACAGUCCCUCUGUUUUACCAUCAGUGGUAAUCAAAGUUGUCAGUAACUUGAUGGACAGUAACCCUGAGGCACUCUCUGAAUCUGCAAACAGGCUGAUUCACUUGGUGGAUAAUCUGGGUGUUAAACUGGCUGUCACUGGUGGCGAUGGAAUUCUGUCAACCAGUUCCUUAGUUGUUGCUGUGAAGACAGUGAAUGGGAGCAACUUCACAACAAUCCUUUUUGAUGUUUUUAACACUGAUCAUGUCCAGUUCAGUGGCCCAAACAGGACCAUGUUGAAAAGCUCCGAGCCUGCUGUGGCGUCUGUAUACUUGCCUGCCUCCCUCACAUCUGGUAUCAGCCCUGAAGAGCAGAAGCAGGCCAACAGCGUCCAGUUUACUUUCUAUGCAAAAAAUUCAUUCUUUAAGGAUGCAUCAUUAGAUAACAAAACUCUUGUCAGCGCAGUUCUAGGCUCAAGUGUGGCUAAUCUGUCAAUUAGCAACCUGAGUGAAAACAUUGAGUUCACCAUACGAAACAGCCACCCAGUUCAUGAAAACUACACAGCCAAGUGUGCAUUUUGGGAUUUCACGCUGAAUAGUGAUGGAGGAGGCUGGAGCUCUGUUGGCUGCUUUGUGGUCAACAGCACCCCUGAAUAUACAAUCUGCAGCUGCAGCCAUCUUACAUCCUUUGCAGUACUGCUGGAUUUGUCCAGACAGGAACUUCCUGACCCGAAGAACGCACAAAUUCUUACUUUCAUCACCUACAUCGGCUGUGGAAUCUCUGCUAUUUUUCUUGCUAUCACAUUGCUGACGUAUCUUUCUUUUCCAAAAUUGCUAAGGGAUAUACCAGCCAAGAUCUUGGUCCAACUCUGUUCAUCCCUGCUCUUCCUGAACUUGGUGUUCCUGCUGGACAGCUGGCUGGCGAGCCACAACAAUACAGGCCUCUGUAUUUGUACUGCCUUCUUCCUGCACUACUUCCUGCUGACAUCAUUUACAUGGGCGGGGCUUGAGGCCCUGCAUAUGUAUCUCAGCAUUGUGCGAGUUUUUACACCCUACCUGAGCCAGUACAUGCUGAAGUUCACUCUGAUGGGUUGGGGUAUUCCUCUUGUCAUUGUAAUUAUUGUGAUAUCCGUGGACAAAAACAACUAUGGUGUGAUUAAUUAUGGAAAACACACAAAUGGCACUUCAGAUAACUUCUGCUGGCUGAGUAAUAACAUAGCCUUCUAUGUGGGUGUGGUGGCCUAUUUCCUCCUGAUCUUUAUCCUGUGCAUGCUGGCCUUCAUCGUUGUUAUGGUACAGCUUUCACGGAUCAAGAAGCAAAACCCCCACAACCAGUCUCCCAAAAGAAGUGUUAUGACUGAUCUGCGCAGUGUCACUGGCCUAGUCAUCAUCCUCGGCCUCACCUGGGGGUUUGCUCUGUUUGCAUGGGGACCCCUCUACUUACCCUUUGUUUACCUUUUCUCUAUAUUCAACUCUCUGCAAGGUUUCUUUGUCUUUGUUUUCCACUGUGCUAUAAAGGAGAAUGUCCGCAGGCAGUGGAGAACUUAUCUUUGCUGUGGAAAACUGCGACUGGCUGAGAACUCAGAUUGGAGUCGGACCUUCACACAAACCAAGAAGAAUAUCUCUCGCUCCAGUGCAACUACCUUGGAUCAAAAGUUCACUUCUCGAAGCUCCUCUGGUGUCAGUUAUGGCACCAAUAGCAGUGGCUCUGUGUUCGCGGACAGCGGAAUAUCUGACGGCUCCAACAAUGAUGUCGUUCUCAACGAGAUUCACAGGGGAAAUCUGACACAAGGCAAAACCACCAAGUGACUCUGCCUGAGCUUUCUUUUGUGAUUACAGCCAGUUCCAAGAAAGGAUCUCUGGGAGUUUACAAGAUGCAAAUUGGAGGAGUAGUUUUCCUUUAGAAAGCCUUAAUGUUACAAAAAUGAAGGUUUGAUAAAGGACUAAAGAGGAACAGGGACAAAGGAGACCUUUGUCUAAAUACCUUUAGAGAAGAAGAGAUCAAAAAGUGGAGAAUGUUUUCAAUUCUACACUAAUAGUAUAAAUAAUGGAAGAGUCUUGUUAGCAGAGAUAAGGUGUUUUUAUGACUGAUAAUAUGAUUAGUUUUAUCGUUACAGCUCUGACUCAGUGUUAGUGCUUACUCUCAUUGCAAAGCUACUACUGAAACUAAAACAUUUCAUUGAACUGCAUUUACUUGGUAGCCGAGAACAGAUGCUGUCAGCAUUGUAUAGAUUAAUAUCUGGCUAUUUCUUUGGGGCUAUAUUCAUUUCUUGAACAGACAAAUGAAGGAAUUUCCAGUCUUAACUCUACAUUUCAGUGCCUUUGCCAAAUUCUAAGUUUAUUCUGGCAGUGUCAAAUAGCACUUUGGGAUGGGUUAGCUACCUACAGAGACAAGGUCGAUUGAUGCAAAAUGUGCACAUGCCAAACUCAACUGCUUUAUCAUAUCUGAUAAAAGAUGAUAUCUGCAAGAUUAUUUAAGGGUGCAGUUCUGUUUUAAAUAUUGUAUUAUUCACUACAUUAUACAUUAGUUUUUUAUUCAGUUCAGACAUGCUUUUUAUGAAAAAAAAAGAUGUAAAAUAUUUUCAUGUGGCGAACUGAAGCACAAUCAAAAUAUGGAAUUUAUGUCCUGUCCUUUUUAACAAGGACACAUUUUGCUAAAUGUCCUUGGAAGGCCAUUUGUAUGCAAUGAAAGAUGAAAUAAAAGAGAAAAAACUAACUUCAACUUGUCACCUGCCCAGCUGCUCUCUCUUUUUUUUGCAUCAGACUUUCACAUCUAUUCCACAUCUUUACGUCUGUAAUCAAAUCCUUUCAACAGGAGGGGGAAAAAAACUACAAUUAUGAUCCCAGCAGACAACCCUCUCAUCACCGUGUUGAGUAACCUUCAGCAGAGCAUCUCACGCCCACCCAGCGCCAGUUCAAUCGCAGCCUGUCAAGGUCAGCCUCAGAGGUCGGCAGCAGUUAGCUAUUAAAAGUUUUACAUGAUUUCCAACCUCAGAACAGGGAGACCUCUAAUGUGAAGCCCAUGAGUGAGAAAUGCUGGGAGAAAAAUGAAGAGCUGGAGGCACAGAUGUUACACCGAUGAGCAUGAAUACCAUAAAUUAAAUUUAAUCCUGAAUGCCCAAUGCCAAUCAAUCCUAAUUCUGCAGUUUAAACAGUCUUUAUUUGUGGUAUUGGCAGUCAUGUUAUGCAAUGCCAUUAUACCUUAUCACCUUUGUUUUACCUGUUUAUGUUUUAAUUUUUGACUUUGUGACCCCACUGCGGUCUUAAAGAUCCUUGAUGUCAUAUCUUUUGUCUCUGUUUAACCCUCACAUGCAGAAAUCUCCAAAUUGGAGCUUAGGAGUUAAUGCCUCCCGCUUCACAUGGAAUGAGGCAAAAAAGGCUGUCAUGCACACUGCCAUGCUUUACUGCCAAACAAAAUGUAUAUGUAUUUGUGCACAUAUAACUCAUUAAAUAAAUUAAACAGUUUAUAUUUUGAUAUUUUCUAUAUUAAUGGCAUUUGUAAUUGAUAAUGGUAACGUAGUUAUGGUACCAUUUGGGUACUUGGUAAGAUUUGUGUUAUGGUGCAAAGCUAUCUUAGUAUCGUAGUUUCAAUAAUUAUUCACAUAUUGUGGUGUAAAGCACUUUUAUUAAGCCUUAUGAACCCUGGCUAUAAUGGAUAAAAGUAAAAAAUAAUAGGGUGUGUGUUCUCACAAUGUUCUACAGAGAGUAAAGCUUUUAUUUUAAAGCACUUAGAUGGGCAAAUUUCAGUUUCAUUAAAUUUCAUUAAAUCAGAUCUGUUUAUGUAACUUUUUCUAUACACCCACCCACUUGUGCUCUUCAG